AGUGUGCUGCCAGAAGCCAGCUGCAGACACGAGUGAGAAAGACGAUCAAGCUGUCAAAAGGAGAAGAGGUCGAGAGGAGGGAAGGUGAUCGGUCGAUCAUGGGGAGGCCGCCGUGCUGCCACAAGGUGGGCGUGAAGAAGGGGCCGUGGACGCCGGAGGAGGACAUCAUCCUGGUGUCCUACAUCCAGGAGAACGGCCCGGGGAACUGGCGGGCGGUGCCCAUCAACACCGGCCUCAUGCGCUGCAGCAAGAGCUGCCGCCUCCGCUGGACCAACUACCUCCGCCCCGGCAUCCGCCGCGGCAACUUCACCACGCACGAGGAAGGCAUCAUCGUCCACCUCCAGUCCCUCCUUGGCAACAGAUGGGCCGCGAUCGCGUCCUACCUGCCACAGAGGACGGACAACGACAUCAAGAACUACUGGAACACGCACCUCAAGAAGAAGCUUAAGAAGCAGCAGGCCAUGGGCGCCAUCUUCGCGCCGCCGCCGCCGCCGCCCUCCAUUUCCGCCGAGACAGCUAUCAACCUCCCCGGCGCCGUCCAUCUCGACAACCACCACCACCGAUACCACCAUGACGCGAUCGCUGCCUCCAGCUCCACGGUCGACCACGGCUGCUACGCGGCGUGCAGCAACCCGGAGGUCACCCAGCAGCAUACGACGAUCACCAUGCGCCGCUCGCCAUUCGCCGACGUCGCCGCCGACUGCUCCUCGUCGUCCUACGCCUCCAGCAUGGACAACAUAUCCAGGCUCCUCGACGGUUUCAUGAAGAGCUCCCCGCCCACCGCCACCGACGUCAAACCCAACAUAGCCGUGGUCAGCGACCCUUUCAUGUCCUUCGACCGCAUAUCCGGCACCGGCACCGAGCUGGCUUUCGUCCCUGGCGUUCAGCAGCAGCAGCAGCAGCCGGUGUUAAUGGGGGGCAUCAGCUAUGAUGACGAGGCCACCAGACAGCAGCAGCAGCUCCAUCAUCAGUUGCCACUGUGUUCGAUCGAGAAGUGGCUUCUCGAUGAGGCAGCGGAGCAGGUCGCUGACCUGAUGGACCUCUCCGACGGUGGCUGCUCCUCCCUGCCAUUGCUGUACUAGCCAGUACUUCUGUGGUACUAGCUGGAAAAGGCAAACCAACGAACCAUUGUCACUUUCCAGAUACAUAGUUAAAUAGUUGUCGUCGAGAGCGACGC